AUGGAUAACAAUAUUGAAGGUUCAUCAAAUUUAUCAUCUUCAAGCUUUGAUGAUGAUAACUAUGCAAAAAGUUUUGGUGCAAGGCAACAACUGAUCGCUCAAGUGAUUUCUACCAAUAAUCAAAUUGUCUUGAAUUAUCUCAAUGAAGGAAGCAACAAAAGCAUGCAUCGAGGCUCAAUUCCUGGUUAUAAGAUGAUCAAUCGUAAUCGUGAAGCUGCUGAUCGUAAUCUAUUCAAUGAUUAUUUCGCCGAAAAUGCAUUGUAUAAUGAUGCAAUGUUUCGAAGAAGAUUCAGAAUGGGACGGAAUUUAUUUAUGCAUAUCUCGUACGGUGUACCAGCAGAUGCUACUGAUGAGUACAUUAAAAUAGGGGAAUCAACUGCUAUUGAAAGUGUGAAACGAUUUUGUCGUGCUGUUGUUGAAGUUUUUGGAGGGCAAUACCUACGAUCUCCAAAUGCUCACGAUGUUGCUAGGCUACUUUAUAUUGGUGAGCUACGAGGUUUUUCAGGAUCGAACAAUGAUAUUAAUGUACUUGAGUCUUCUCAUCUUUUUGCUAAUCUUGCUGCAAAUGAACGUGAUUUAAAUGCACCAAUCGUGGAAUACUUUGAGAUGUCGACUCCAGAUGUUGAGCCUGCAGUUGAUGAUGGUACUUGA